AUGGAGGUUACAGCUCUCUGCAUCAGACUGUUGAUGAACAUUUUGAUGUUGCUGGUUGCACAUGUUCUGAAAAGUUAUCCUCAGACAUUUGAUGGAGAUUUCCGUAUUGUUCCAACCAGACUGCAGCUCUUUGAAUACGAGUCCGUCCAGUUUACCUGUGAGGGGUUUAAUGUCCCAGCUGGAUGGAAAGUGAGGAACAUCAAGGACUUUGUUCCAAAAUGUUCAAAAGGUACACUGACGUCAACAGUGAACUGCACCAUUGACUAUGCCUUUAAAUCAGACAGUGGAGAAUACUGGUGUGAAGGCGGAGGAGGAGAGAGGAGCAACACUGUCAACAUCACUGUCACUGCUGGUUCUGUGAUCCUGGAGAGUCCUGUCCUUCCAGUGAUGGAGGGGGAUGCUGUCACUCUGAGCUGUAGACAGGGAACUUCCUCUCACCUCAAAGCUGACUUCUAUAAAGAUGGCAGCUUUAUGGGGAACAGCUCCCAGGGAGAGAUGACCCUCUACAGCGUCUCCAAGUCUGAUGAAGGACUCUAUAUGUGCAUCAUCUCUGGAGCUGGGCAAUCACCAGCAAGCCGGCUGUCCAUCAAAGGGAUAAAUCUUUCCCACCUUUACUACUUAAUGCUGUGGGUCGUCAUCGCUGUCGUAUUGGUUCUGCAGCUGCUGGUGAUCGGAUUACUUUACUGGAAGAAACAGCUAGUCUUACUAGAGGCAAAGAUGAACAAUCCAAAUGAGGACAUGUAUGCUGUCGUCAAAAAACACAAGAAAAAGAAAGACGCUGCAGACGCUGAUAAUUUGAGCCUCUGUCUUGACACAAACCGCAGCACAAAACCACAGACAGAAAAAGGUAAGAUGGCCCCCUCAACGCCUUCAGUCUGCAAACCACAGGGCCAAAGAAGCAUUCUGAAAUGA